GAUAGCUACAUUUCCCUCAUCUUCGCACAGAGAGAAGAAAGAUGAGAUUCGUGCAUCUGUUCUGCUGUUUCGUGGUGCUCCUUUCCUCAGCAUACAGUCAGGAUGCGGAUGGCAUCUUGGGUCCAAGAGGUAAUCGACCUGUUGAGCAGGGAUACAAAUCUGAAGGAUGCGCCACUGAAAAAGCAUGGCCAGUCUGCACAGAUGAGGACUGGGGUCCCAAAUGUCCCUCUGGCUGUAGAAUCGCGGGACUUAUAGACGAGGCUGACAAAGAGCUCGCCGCAAAGAUCGACAAGAUCCGCAAGUUUUUAGAGGAGAGCAGGAGGCAUUAUCGAUCCACUGACCAGGCCACCAAACAAGCGUAUGAUUUCCUGCGAGAGAAACUGGUCACUGACACAGGUAACGACGACAGGUACCUGACUCUGGCCGAACAGCUGCGUCAAAGAAUCGUCAGCAUUAAGAUCAAGAUCGACACCCAGCUCAGACUCCUCCAGGCAAUGAAGGAGCGGGUCCGUUCGCAAGUCAGAGAGAUGCAGAGGCUUGAGACGGACAUCGACAUCAAGCUGCGAAGCUGCAAGGGUUCCUGCUCCAGCUACACCGAGUACAUCAUGGACCGGGAGAGCUACGAGACCCUGGAGAAGCAGUUCGCCCAGCUGGACAGCAUGAGUGUCCAGAGCGUGGAGACCGUCACCUCCCUGCGCACCAUGAAGAGCAGGCGGCUUAAGGACGAGGACGUCCCCAGCAUCUACAAGUCCGGCCUGGACGGAGUGCGGGAGGAGCAGAAGCAGGACUACUUCGCCGACGUCGGCCAGGUCCGGCUGACCCUGGAGGGCGAGGGUGGACCGUCGUCAUCCUCGUCAUCGCCAUCCACGUCAUCGUCCUCCACGUCAUCGUCCUCCACGUCAUCGUCCUCCACGUCAUCGUCCUCCAAGUCAUCGUCGUCUGUGACCAGCGACAAGGCCACAGGUACCACGCGUCAUGUGACCUCCCCCGCCGGAUCGAGCACAGGAACACACACCACCGUCCACACUGUCAAAUGCACCAAAACCAUUAGAAAGUCUGUGACAUACACGAAAGACGGGCCCGUGGAGAAAACGGAGAUUGUCGGAGAGGGGCCGGGCUGCGAGGGCAUGGGCGAGCUUGGGCUGAGUGAGCACGCUCUGCUGACCGCCGCCAAAGAGGGGAAGGACAUCAGUGGCGAUGGCUACACCGUCAAAGUAUCCGGGGGCGGGGGCGGGGGCAGCACCAGCAGCGGCACCGGCGGGAUGACCAGCCUCUUCCCGGAGAUGUCCUCCUUCUUCGACAGGAAGGCGGAGAUGGGUUUCGGCUCCCGCGGGGAUGGGGGCUUGGGGCACACAGAGAGCCAUACUUAUAGGCAGACCUCAAAGCAAACCUCCCACUCAUCCUCCUCGUCCAUCACCGACGGGUCCUUGAAGGGGUUCUCGACGUCCUUCAUGGGGGAGGAUCUGGGGGAGUUCAUGCAGGGUGAAGUGGAAGAGGACCUCCCGGACAUCCACGCCCGCAGCCUGAGGGGCCCCUCAGGGGAUCGGCAGAGAGAUUAUGCAGGAAAAGAUUGCGUUGAUAUCAUCCAGAAGCAUGCGUCAGGAGCUAAAAGCGGCCUUUUCAAAAUUAAGCCAGGGGGAUCAGAGGAAGUAGUAGUUUACUGCGAUCAGGACACAAUGCUCGGUGGCUGGGUCCUGGUGCAACAGAGAAUGGAUGGGUCCGUUAACUUCAACCGGACUUGGAAGGACUACAGGAAUGGAUUUGGCAGUGUAGACCAGCAGGGCCGCGGCGAGCUUUGGCUGGGAAAUAAGUACCUGCACCUCCUCACACAGGCAGAGAGCAUUUUGAGAAUAGAGCUGGUGGACUGGGAAGGAAAGGAGUCCUACGCUGAGUACUCCAUUAGGGUAGGGCCUGAGGCCGAGGGCUACCCCCUGGGCGUCUCGGAGUACCAGGGGGAUGCCGGGGACGCCCUCGUGAGAGGGCAGACUGGCUUAGGUGCUUUCCUGUCCCACGCAAACAUGAAAUUCAGCACGUACGACCGGGACAACGAUAAAUGGGAGGAAAAUUGCGCCGAGAUGUAUGGGGGCGGGUGGUGGUACAACAACUGCCAGUCGGCCAACCUGAACGGCAUUUAUUAUAAGGGGGGCCAGUACGAUCCAGGUAGCAAUGUUCCCUACGAGAUUGAGAAUGGCGUGGUCUGGCUGCCGCUGAAGCCGGCCGACUACUCUCUGAAAAUCGUCCGAAUGAAAGUGAGGCCAGUCGAGACAAUGUAAGCUCACCUCUGACACCUUAUCCAUUUGGAACAUGCAAUAAAUGCUCUGAAUUUGAAUGUAAAAAAAAAAAACUAUGUAACUCCAUGCAGCUUUUUCAAUAAAAAUUUAUGU